AUCAUUUCUAUCACAUGAAGGUUAUGGAUUCUUUUUAAUGCCAUCCCUUUUCCAUCUCUUUUCUUCAGCAGGUCAGCACAGAACUAUUUCUGAAAACUGUUCCAGCUAUGACAAGAGCAUUGUAAAAGUAGCUGAUGGAGCAAAAGACAGUGAUGGGGAAGACUACGAAGAUCCUAAGACUUUACCUAUCGGAGCAUUUCGGUCAACAAAAAUCUUACCUGCCAGACCUAUAGAGGAGUCACAAUAUGCAGAUAUACGCUGUUUCCAAGAAAAGAUGAACUCUCAUAUUUCUACAGACACCAAGAACAAUGUUUCCAUGAAGCAACAACCUUGGAACUUCCAGAUGAGAUUGGAAAAGGGAGUGCAGAUUUUAGCAGAUGUCAGAGAUCUAAAUCAUAAAGGAGAAAGUGAAAUCAAAGGAAUCAAGAAUCCUUUGCCACCUCCUAGACCUCCAAACACCCUUCCUAAGAAAUAUCGACCUCUUCCUCCUGAGCCAGAAAAUAGGCUCACUCUAAACCAAAGGAAUGAUUUGCUAGAAGCUGACAAGAGCACCAGACAGAUCAGUUUGAAGGAUUUAAGUGAUGUGCUUCAAGGAGAUAAAGUUCCAGAUCACCUGAAGAAGCCUAUUAUACCUUGCCAGACACAGCAUCAUUUGAAGGAUCUUUCUGUUCCUGUUGCCAGUUCGUUGUUGAUGAUGGCUGACCCAAGUUUUCAAGGCAAAGGACACAAAGUGAGCAUGUCCUCACCCUCACUCCAGAAAGCCUCACAACCAGCACAUGGGAACCUUCUUGAUGAUAAGCCUUUGCCUACCAGUUUGCUUCAGAAGAAACCAUAUCAUGGCAAAUGCAGCAAAAAGGCUUUCAAGACGUAUGACUGGUAUAUUGGAGAAUUUAGCCGACAGGAAGUGGAAAAAGCUUUGAUGAAGGAAAACACUGAUGGGACCUUCCUUGUUCGAGAUAGCUCCAAGAAAUCAAUGGCUGAACCCUAUGUUUUGGUGGUGUUUCAUAGAAACAAAGUAUACAACGUUAAGAUCCGUUUCCUGGAGGGGAGUCAGCAGUUUGCCCUUGGGACGGGACUCAGAGGAGAUGAUGUGAGUGAAAUAACAUCUGCCCAUCUGAUCCCUUUUACCCUUCUCUAUUUUCAACUGAUGGAUAUGAUGGCUCUCCCUAAGUGUACAAUUUAUUGUCAUGAUCAGCUUUAUGGCUUAAAUGUCUCCAAUGUGAUGUUCAAAACACUGAGCAAACAGUUAUCACUUACAAGUCUAAACCAUAUUUCUGAAACAUUUUAAUUAGAGGGCAAUGACAUCUUCUCAAGAGGGCUAAGUGGCUCUCCUGUAGAAAUGAAACUAUGGAGAAUAUUUUUUUAUCAGCCAAAAAAUUUCAACUUACUACACCUUUAUAGGAAAUAACCCGAGGCCAUCUUAUCUAACCCCCUCAUUUUACAGAUGAAGAAACUGAGGCAAAGGGUGAUUAAGUAAUAUGUUCAAAGUCACAAAGAUUGGAAGCAAGAGAAAUAGAAUUACUAAGGUCCAUUUGUAAACAUUCCCAACCCAUUGCUAAUUGACAUCAGGGAAUAAUAAAACUAAUUAAGAAUCAUCUACUAAAUUCAUUCAGUAAGUUUAUAUUGAAUACCUACUCUAUUUAAAAAGCAUCCAGUUAGGUGUUGAUAUAUUGAAUGGGGUACUAAACACUGUGCUAGGUUUGAGAUCAGUGUGUUAAUUUUAAAAAUUAAAAUCCCAUUUUAUUCCAGUAGCUAAUAUUAUUGAUUGUUUUGUACGUUUAAAAAAGAAUAAAAUUCUUUGAGAUUGAUGCCAAAUGGACAACCAUAGAAUUGUAGAAGGCUCCUUCAAACAAAAGACAUUUAGUACUGCAGCUAGAAGUACUUUAAAAUAUGAAUGCCAGUGCUCUUUGAGGCUUAAGACUAUACCACACUAAAAUGAUAACUUGAAAGACCAUCAGAACAUAGAAUAUAGACGAUUAGAGCUGUAUAUGCCUUAGAACAUUCCGGGAACUAUCCAAGACCACGUUGUUUGACACGGUCCAUGUGGAAACCGGGAAAUGCAAAGCAAUCCCCAGGAAGGAUGGAAACCCCCACUGAAACCCCCCUAAGUGACUUCCAUUAUUAACAUCCCCUUAUUAUUGGAAUUGCCAUGAUUAUUAUUCUUACUUAGCCUCAGGAAAAAUAGAUGAGAGCAACAUGUUUGCAGGGUUAAUACAGAUGUCCCACUCUGUCCCCCCAGGAUAUUACCAGGAGAGCCCACUUACAAAAUUAAACCUAAGGAUUCUUACAUACUCAUUAAGAUAGGACCCCCUUUUCUAGGCAUAAAAACUUCUGGCAAAUCUGUGUUCUGAAUUCCCUAACCUGUAUCUGGGUCAUGUUGAUUCUACCCACUGAUCCUGCCCUUAGCAACAAUGUUUCACUGACUAUCUCCCUAGGCUUCCUGUCUGUUUGUUAGAUUCUAUGGAAACAUGUAUGUUGAGAAUGAAACUGUGUGCCAAGUAGAUGUGUGAUCAUGAGGGUAUAAAAUAAAGCCAGGCCUCAGCCAAAGUAGAGCAGUUUAUCCUGUGAAACCUAUGCUACGGGUUGAAUGAGAAAGCUGUGUCCCAUCCAUCAUUUCACCAACACCAUCCCACCUCCAAGACCCCAUCCCCUGUGGGAGGCUGGCCCACCCCACAGCAAGAACAUAUAGUAUUAACUGUUGAUGGAAAAUGAUGUUAGAGAUUAUGUCUUUUAAGAAAUAAUAAUGUCAUUUUGGUGAAGACAACAUACUUUAAAAUUUUUGCUUACAGCACAGGGUUGGGAAAAAUAACUAAAAAGCCAGAUGACUAAAUUAAUAUAUUUUGCCCUAUAAGAAUUUGUAUAUUUGGCUUUUCUGCCCUAACAAACUCUCAUUAAGUAAGUACAGAAAUUGUGUCUUUCCAACUUGACUUGACUUGAUUUGACAUGACUUACAUCCUAGCUCCUUUGUUUGAAGAAAUGGGAUAUAACUAACAAGAAAAUGACUGUGGAUUUAUUAUAAUUUCAUUUUUAUGUGUUUAUUCAUUUAUUAUGAUUUAAUUUAUCAAGUAAAAGUCAGUGUCAAAAAUAUGUUAAUGAACUUAAAGAUUGUGUGUGUGUGUGUGUGUGUGUGUGACACCAUAGAGGUUAUUAAUCUUUCUGAAGAUAAAUGAAAAAUUGCCCCCAAAAUGCAAACAAAAAAAUUUAACCAGCCUUUAAGAUCUAAUUUCUAAUGCCAGCAUGACAUUUACUAUCCACUUGAAAUGAUUUUUUUCUUAGAAAGAUAUUAUUAUUAAAUUCUUCUUUUAUUAAUGUCUCUUUAGGUUAAAAUUUCAACUACAGGCCCACCACUAGAGAAAAAUAAUAGGAAAUGACAAAAUGAUUAAUUGUACCAUUCUUGGAUUCUGCUUCCUAUUAAGAUUAUUUUUUCAUAUAAAAUGCCAUCCAUUUAGUAUAAUAUUAAAAACAAUUAAUAUUGAAUUCAUUAUGUCAUACAUUCUAGAGAAAACAAGGAUUAGAAUGUAAAGUAGUCAUGCCUUCUCCAAAGAUUAAUGCCACAUAUGGGUAAACAUAUUUUUAAUGGGUUAUGCAUGAAAAGUUUCAUUUUUCUAUUUUACUUCCAUACUUGAAAUGCAAAGAAUAAUAACAGAAAAGUUUGGUUGUUUAUAACUAGAAGUUAAUUAUAGAAAUGUGAAGGUCUUGGUUUUUUCCCACUAGUCCCUUAAAUUUUAAAAAUAUUAUGUUAAAGCAUUCUAUGAAGGCAUUCUUAUAUCUUUUAUCUCAUUUGAGCUUCCCAAAAAUCCUCUGAGGUAUGCAGUGCAUUAUUAUUACCUCUGUACUAUGGAAGACCUAACUGAUAUUCAAGAAGUUAAGUGAUUUACCGAAAGUAAUGUAAGCAAUGUCAAAGCAAAGGCUCAAACUAAGAUCCUCUGACUUCUAGAUGAUAUGAUAUAAAUUUUUUACCAUGUUGCCUUUCAAUAUUUUUUCUAUCUAUUAAUUGCUACACUAGUACCUCACUUACAUAGAAUUCAGUUAUCCAGAGACAGCUAGCUAUGGCAUAAUGGAUAGUGUAUUUGGGCUUGAAGUAAUAAAGGCCUAAGUUCAAAUCCAGCUAUGGAUUUAGUAGCUAUGUGACCCUGGGCAAGUAACUUAACCUGUGCUUCAAAAGCAAAACAUGGGUAAUAAGAGCAUCUCGCUCACAGGGUUAUUUUAAGAAAUAAAUAAAAUAAAUGUGUAAGUACAAUGCCCAGCUCAAAAUAGGUGUUUAAUAAGUGCUUAUUCUCAUCCCUCCAUUGCCUUUCUAGAACAUACCUGAGAAGGAAAUAAGACCACUGUGGUUAAAAUGGCUAUCACAAAAUCCAUAUAUUCUCCUCAGAGGAGAGCCUAUUUACUUAUUUUAGAUAUAGGUCUAACUAUCAGUAACCUGGUUUCUAAGUCCACCAAUGGCUUAAAUUAAUAGGUCUAAGGUGUUCAGGGAAAAAGGAAAAGGAACUAUAAGUUCUAAAAUAUUUAUAGCAGGUCUCCUUGUGGUGGCCAAGAACAGGAAAAUGAGAGGAAAACUGGAAAAAAAUUGGGAAAUGGAUAAACAAGUUGUGGCAUAUGAUUGUGACAGAAUAUUACUCUACUGUAAGAAAUAACAAAGGUUAAUUUUGGGAAAAACAUGGUAAGUCUUAAAUGAAAUCAUGAAGAACGGAUUGAGAAGAACCAAGAGAACAUUAUCGACAGCAACAGAAAUAUUAUUUGAAGAAUGACUUGUACAUAUCCAUAUCCAGAGAAAGAACCGAUAAUAGAAAUAAGUAAGAAAUAGUUUUAAUAUACGCUUUUUGUCAAAUAAGUUAACUCCGUAUUCAAAUAUAACAAACAAAUAAAAAAAGAAGAGUCAAAGGAAAGAAAGGUUACUCCAGGCAGUCACAUUGCGAUCAGAAAAGUGACAAUUGAUAGCUUGGAAGAAAAGAUCUAUAAGAAGCAGUGAAAGAACUAAAAAAUUUCAGCUGCCUGCAAACAUUGAGCAUAUGGUAAAAUGGACAUAGGGGCUGUAUAGUUUUGUAUAGUUGUCACUAUACUAUAGACUGGUAUAACUGAAAUUCAUAAAUGGUGCCCUUGAGUCAUUAGGAAAAUGCUAAAUGAUAAUCAGUUUGAGAAUAAGAAUAAGUUGGCAGCUAGAUGGCACAGAGAGAAUGCUUGGAGUCAGGAAGACUCAUUUUUGUGAGUUCAAAUCUGGUUUCAGAUAUUUCCUAGUGUUGUGACCUUAGAUAAGUCACUUAACCUUGCUUGCCUCAGUUUCCUCAUCUGCAAAAUGAACUAGAGAAGGAAAUGGCAAGUCACUCCAAUAUCUUUGUCAAGAAGACAUGAAAUAGGGCCACAAAGUAUUGGAUGCAACUUAACAACAACAAAAACUGAGUUUGUGAAAGAUUACCAGACAUUUUAUUGAAUAGAAGUAAUUAAAACAAUGAUAAAAGAAGUGCUUAAUUACAUAAACCUGUAACUUAUAAAAAUACUCAACUUUAUGGAAUGUCUCAAUUACUUUCUGAGAGGUUUCUGAAUGCAGACAUUUUACUGUACAAAUAGCUCUUGUAUUCUUAAAUGACCCUGCUUACAUUCUUUAUUUCUAAUGAAUAAAAAUCUGUUUCCAUACUUCCCAUCAUCGCUGCCCCCCAUGGAAAAAAAUAAAAUUCUUGUAGCAAGUGAUUAGUCAAAGCAGAACAAUUUCCCACAUUGGACAUGUCCAAAAAAUAUGUCUCAUUUUCCACCCAGUGGCCAUCACAAGUCUAUAUGAAAGGGGUAUCGUCAGAACUCAAGAUCAUGACUGAUCUUUACAUUGAUCAGAUUUCUUAAGUCUUUCAAAAUUGUUUGUAUUGACAGUGUUAUUACUGUUUUAAAAGAUCUCUAGUUUUGGUCCCUUCACUGUGCAUCAGUUCAUAUCAUUCUUCCCAGACUUUUACUUAAGAUUCUUAAUGACCAUAUACUUUGAUUUAUCUUUAUUUUAUGUUCAUAAUCAAACCAAACAAAUAUUUGUCAUUCACUCAAAAAGGUGAUCAUGCACAAAUUUUCUUUCAAUGACACAGAAGGGGUCCUAGACUCUCUUUUUAAAAAGUUUUUAUAGCAAAAUUAUUUUUUGGAUAUGUCCCUCACCCUACUCCAGGAACAAAAUAAAGCCCUCAUUGUAACAAUGGAAAACAAUUGAUACAAUGACAAUAUGACAAGGUAUAAAACAUUCUAUCACUGUAGUCUGCCAUGUCUGUGAUAUUUGAAGUGAAAGAUAUUCCAUUAUCAGUUCCUAUGAUCUCCCUGACCACUACUGCUUUAGAAAAAAAUUAUUCAGUUUGGCUUCCUUUUAGUGAUCUCUGCAUUGUGCUUUUUGUUCUCAUUUUUCUGUUAUUCAGAUUUUAUUAUUAUUUUAUUACCUUCUUUUCCAUGAAGAAUGUUUAUCAUUUUACUCUUUGCCAUUUGUUUCAGAUUCAUUUAUGCCUAAUAUGAUCAAUUUUUGCAAAGAUACUAGAGGAUGCUGAGAAAUGUACUUGUUCUUUAAUAUUUCCAUUCUGAACUGAUCAUUCAAAUAUAUUUUUGUAACAAUA